CAUUCAUUACCACCGCUCAUCUCCAACGGAGAAUAACAUUAUUAUGGGCAAGAUGAUUAUAAUAUUCGUGGCAAUGGCUCUGGUCGGCGUUAUGGCUGAGCCACCACCCAGUAGCCAAUACCUGCCAGCAGAGCUUCAGAACGCCCCGUCUCAGCCCUCAAACCGAUAUGGUACACCGGCCGAAUUUGGUAGAGCUGCACCAUCCAACCAAUAUGGAGCCCCAUCCAACGAAUAUGGAGUCCCUAGCCAGUACGAAAAUGAAAAUAAAUUGUCUGCUCAAUUUGGUGCUUCUUCUGUUUCUGGUAGAUUCGGCGGCGCAAAUACGCAUAAUAACCAACACGGCACUCCUGAUUUAUCUACCCAAGCUCUAAUACGUACCAGUCAAUACAGCGCAGGUUCAAGCAGAUUUGGUGGUGCCAGAACACCUUCAAGCCAGUACGGAGUUCCUUCGACAUCCAAUCGACUUAUUUCCGACCGAUCUGGCAUUCCAAGUGCUUCAAGGAGCGCUGCUGGUGCUCAAUUCGUCGUUUCUGCUGCACCAGGCCGUGUUGGUGGGGUCAGCUCUCUGUCGACCCAGUAUGGUGCCCCUGUAUCCUUUGUCCGCUCUGGUGGCUCUAGCUCGUUGUCAUCAAACAACUUCAAUGGUGUCGGCUCUCUGACAAGUCAAUAUGGCGCACCUGCUGUUUCUAGUCGCUUUGGUGGCGCCAACUCGUUGCCAUCCAGUCGCUUUGGUAGCUCGAGGUCUCUACCCAAUCAAUUCGAUGCUUCCAGCCGCUUUGGUAGUGCUAGCUUCUCUUCAUCUCAGUUCGGAGGUUCUGGUUCUUCAAGCCGAUUUGGAGGUGCUGGCUCCACUUCAUCUCAGUUCGGAGGUUCUGGUUCUUCAAGCCGAUUUGGAGGUUCUAGCUCCCUGUCCACGCAGUAUGGUGCUCCAUCAGCCUCUAGCAGACUCAACGCCCCGACCUCACAAUACGCUCCUGGAGGUGGAUACGCUGCCUCGAGGGGAGGAUACAAUGCCCAGGAGGAUGACAUGGCCGAACCGGCCAACUACGAGUUCUCUUACGAAGUCCAGGACGCCGAGUCCGGGAGUGAAUUUAGCCAGGAGGAAAAUCGCCAGGACGAAAGUGCCCAAGGCUCUUACCGCGUCCUGCUACCAGACGGUCGCCUGCAGAUCGUGGAAUACGAGGCAGAUCAGGAGGGAUACAGGCCACAUAUCCGCUACGAGGAAACUGGAGCUGGAUACCCCAGUGGGCCUCAACAGAGGGCGCAAGGACCUAACCAUGGACCUUACUAAAUCUUUAACUAUUAAGUGAUACUUUAAUGACAAUUCAACUUUAAAGCAAAUUUUACAUAUAUAUGCAAUAAAUAUGUUAUUAUCAUAUACACCACAAAGAGAAGAAAUUUUGUGUAUAAUUUGUCGUUUCUCAAUAAAGUAUAUUUAUUGAA